AUAGGUCUAUGACUCCAUCGCUCGCUGCUUCCGGAGCUCGAGGUAUUCUUCCAGUCAGAGAGUUGCAAUUUGUCUUUUGAAAGAACCGAAGACUGUUCGUGUGGAAACCAUGCCGAUGUUUGUAGUUAACACCAACGUGGCUCAAGACAGCGUGCCGCAGGCCCUGUUGUCAGAAGUUACCGAGGAGCUGGCUAAAGCCAUGGGCAAGCCUGCACAGUAUAUUGCUGUGCAUAUCAACCCGGGGCAAAUGAUGAUGUUUGGUGGGAAGGGAGACCCGUGUGCACUCUGCUCCCUCCACAGCAUUGGGAAGAUCGGCUCUGCUUAUAACAAGCAGUACUCUAAGCUACUGUGUGGACUUCUCAACAAACACCUGAGUGUAUCUCCUGACAGGAUUUAUAUCAAUUUUGUGGACAUGGAUGCAAGCAAUGUGGCCACAAACAACUCUACCUUUGGCUGAGAUGAAGGUUGAGCUUCUCAACGAAAAUAUCGUUCGAGUUGUCGUAGUUAAAAUUUCCCAAGAAGCCAAAUUAACACUCAAAGAAGAGCCUGAUAAUUGAUCUUAUAGCAUUUGUUUAGUCAGUACAGCUUUUCAUUUAUCUUUUCUCUCUACAUUAAAGUACAUCUGGUUGCACAAA